GCUCUCAGUCAAGCGCCGACAUUCAAAGAAAGCGGACCUCACUUUAGAGAUAUUUAACGGAAAAAAUAUUCACAAAUAUAUAAAAAAAAAAGCUAAAGGCCGCACGCGUACGCGAUGACAUUCUGAAAAAAUCAAAUAUCGAAAGCGAACGAUCGAAUUUUAAAAAUAUUCGAAAUUCGAGUGUAGUUUGUGGUGUGCGAAUAAAUCCUUUUAACCGACAAUUUAUUAUACAUGGUGUUAUUUUUUGGAUAUGCUCCAACCGAGAAUAAGUAACAGUGGGGGCGGAGCUUUCAGGAUGUCACCGAAGCGGAGCUUUGUCGUGCUCGCUGCGCUUUUCUUGUGCACGACUCUGACGACAUGUCAAGAUUUUAAUUCUGAUGGAACAAUCGAAUCAUCGAGAAUCAAAAGGGAAGGAGGCCCAGAAAACAGGGACUUGACAGUACUCCUUGUGAAUCAGAAGAGAAACGAAUACAAUACGAAGGUCGGAAGGUAUCACAGCGUCAAACCUCUCAUCGGCUUGUUGACGUCGACAGCGAGGACUUUCAUCCAGGACGGUGUCACCACGGAAUAUGCGACCCAAAUCCUCGGCACCACCUUGGACAAUGGGCGCAUAUACGCACAGCUCCUCACCAAGUCUUCUUUAGUGUUGUACAAUAAGCCUUCUGCUGUCGAUGAGCCUGUCAUUGUCAAUCCGACGCGUAUACAUUCCGCUUUCGAUGGACAAUGGAACGUCAAGCAAGAUUUAGGCUUCAUAGACCCCGAGAAUUUCGUAUUAAAAAAUACAGAUUACUUGGCGCCUAAUAGUAUGAUGGAAAUCGUCUAUGCCAGUAAACCAGUUCAAGAUGUUAAUUACUGGAGUCCGUCAGCUCCUGAAAGCCAAACUGAAAACCAACUCGAUGAGCCGGUGGCACGCAGAGUGCAACCAGUUAAAGAGAUUCCGCGUUAUGUUCAGAAUGACGCCUUAAACUAUCUUGACGGUCCAGUCAUCGAAAGCGAGAAGAAAUUCGAAUUUUUCGUUGAACCUACCCAAAUAGCUUACAAUAACCCGGUCUAUAGACAAAGUAAGGCUUACGAACAUAUAGCCGAACCUGUCAAACCAGUUAUACGCAAUGAACCUUUGCCAGAGGAGCUUAAUAUUAGUAAAGUUAAACCUAAUUACGAUUUACCGACAUUUACGAUUAAAAACGAAUUCUCUCCGAUAUUUUAUUAUAUAGAUAAUGUUGAAACGCGCAAGCAAUUUCAACCAGCAGUCCAACAGACUAAAACGCCUAAGAAGUUAUUUGGACAAAAAAGCGAACCUAGACCUAAGAAAACUUUCACGUAUGCCGGAUUUGCCGAUUUUACGACGGUCGUUGGAGAUACUGUUAUUAUAUUUACGCCAAACACAGAAACAAGUCAACCACAGCACCCUGGGGAAGUUAAUGUUUUUCCAUCGGCUAAACCAGUUCAAAAGUUAGGUUCUAAGAUAACUUUCCUUGCCUCUGAUAUUCCUGUAGCAAGUUCCACAUAUAAAGCACACGAAGAUAUCUCUCCAACUAAAAUAAUAACGUCAAUUUCUAGUGAAGAUAAUAAUAGAUCCGAGAAAGCCCUUUACAAUGACGAAGAGAGCCUUAAAAAAGUCCUGUAUCAAGUUGAUGAUGUUAUUCCAGAUACAAUGAGUGUUCAGUUUGAUCAUAAUUUUGGUCUUAAUGUGGACGUUAUUCAACCAUCAGAAGUUUCUGUAUCUACAACAGAAAGCACACGCUUAACUGACUUUUUGGGUGUUAUACCGAUCCAAGAUUUUAGUUCCAAGCCGACGGAUCCUUUGAGCUCCGUUUCUCCGACACCAAUGGUAGUGGAAUCUUCUCAAGAAACCGUGGUCACAGAACCAAAUAUUGUUGAUGUUUUUACAAAUUCCGAAGAAGAGAGUGAGAACACAGCUGCUGAAGUAAGUGAGACCGCAGAAGAAGACCAAGAAGAUGAGGAAGAAAACGAGACAACAACGGAGGCAUCACAAGCGUUAUUUACUACAACAGAAAGUGGGCAUAGUGAUGAAUCGUCAGAAGAUUUUGAAACUACCACUGAAGCGAAGGUAUUCGUAACGGAACCUGAACAAAAUAACGAUGAACAGGGCACUGAGGAUGAUGAGGAUGAUGAAAAUGAUAGCAACGAAAACAUUGAAACCUAUAAUGAAGAACACGAAACACACGAAGACGUGUUUUGCACUAAUGGUUUAGAAACACAAUCUACAAUGACUACUGCUUACAAGACACUUACAUAUCUGACAACUUAUUUUAUUACAUUAGAAAACACUGAAACAACAACCUCUGUUAAAUCGAAUGUAGUUGUAGAAAGUAACAUUGGCUACUUUACAAAUGUUGUGUGUCGAACUAACUUUGAGAUCGAACCAACUGCAGUUGUUUCUAUUGAUGUAAAUUAUUCUGUACAUUCCAAUUUGGAAACCCCAGAAACGCAAUCAGAAGAACCAACAACUAAAACAAGUAUAGAGAUUGAACCUAGCACUGAAGACUAUAAAAUAACAGUAGCUAAGCAAGAAAUCGAAAUUGCACCUCAAGGUGGAACAGUAAAUGAAGAAAAUAGAACAUCAUCUGAUGAAAGUAGCGCUGAGGCAAACAAUGAAGGGAAUGAAGAGAAACAGCCGACUACAUCGACAACCACCACCAGUACAACUACUACUACUACAGAAAGAGGGAACGAGAACAAUGAAAGAGAAACUACCAGUGAAAAUCAUACUGAGGAAACGGAAAGAGUCGGACAAGGUGUCGUUACAACGACUGAAUCACUGCUCGAUGAAGAUAAGGUGGAUGAUGAAGAAAAUGAGAUCGAUGUCAUAUAUAAAACACUUUACACUACUUACACAUACUUUACGACGUUCUUCGGAGACGAAUCAUCAAGUGUAGCCAGUCAUAAAUCAGUGGUUACAAAUAUUAUUACAUCUACGAUUGAUUUGAACAAGUUAGACCCUUCGCUAUUAGGUGCUUUUGAUGAAGGAGAAAUAGCACCAACUAGUGUCGGUGUAGGGCGUCCGACUGAAUCAGUGGCCAUUAACAGUAUAAUUGAUUUGGUGAAAAACAAAGACGUUAUUGAAUCUGUUGAAGUUGAUGAAGUAUACAGUUCCCAGACGCCAACUCCAUCUUUAGGUGACGAUGUUGUUGCAAGUAUCAAGCCAGAUGCCGUAAAAACAUAUUUCACAACUUAUACAUUCUUCACAACUAUAUUUGUUGGUACUGAUGCAAAUGUCUGCAGUAGAAGCGAAGUAUACACAAACUAUGUAGGACCUGAUGCACUAGUACCAACAAAGAGUAACCCGCUCGCAGCAGAAAGUACAAGAGCUCAAUUUGACUUUAGGAAUUGUAGGCAAGUCAAAAUGGACCCCCCCUCAAAUCCUGAAGACAACUCGUCUAUGGAAAAGACUAUCAGUGUUGAACAGAUGGAGCAAACUCAUAGCGAAACCAAGAAAGAAUUAAUUCAACCUAAUCCUCUUGAAGUUGACAUGUUGUUUAGUGUAGAGGCUAAACCCUUAGAAUCUGACAAUUCAAAUUAUGUAACAGACGUCAAGUCCUCAUCAUCUAAAGGAGAAAGGCAAUAUUUAGAUAAUAACAAUGUAUUGGAUGAUCAAAUAAGUUCAGAGAGUAACAUCGAUGAAAUUUUGCCAUCCCCUACCCUUUUGCUACAGACUAGCUACACAACAUUUACGUACUUUACGACAAUGUAUAUUGGUAAAGAUUCUAGUAAAGUGAAAAGUCACUUAGAAACUAUCACCAACGUUGUCACGGAAACUAUUAUGCCGAAUAAAGAACCAGAAGAGGAAAGUAAUUUACCUAUUACUUAUUAUACUACCUUUACUUAUUGGACUACACUGUACAAGGAUAAAUCAACGACCAUCACGAGUCGUGAAGAAAUUGUUUCGAAUGUCGUCACUCCAACAGUUCAAGUAUUACCAACUGUCAGUCCAAUUGACACAACCCCCAUUGAAGUAGACAGUGUUCUACCACCAAAAGAUCUGGAAGUCGAGAUAAAACCAUCUUUAAUAGAUGAUAGCUCAGAACCGGAUGACGGUAAAGCAACGUUCUAUACAACAUAUACUUAUUUCACCACAUUUUACGCUGGAAACACUUCGCAAAUAAGAAGUAGCUUAGAAACAGUGACAAACAUUGUGGACAAUACAAAGGUCGCUGAAGACAAUCAAAUAGGGCGCAAAGUUCCGGCUGGUGCUCCAGAAAAUAAUUUGAUUCAAGACAAGGGUGAAAAGGUACUUAUUGCACCUACUUUGGUCAAGGAAGUUAUUCAGCCGACCAAACUACCGGAUAUCUCAUCAGCGUCACCUACAGUACUUUUAGGUACAUACAUUGAUAACCUAUUUGCUGAAGUAAAACCAGACGUACCAACAACUGAAAGCGAAAAGAAAAUUUUGUUUUCACAAGUGGCAGUUAUUUCAGGCGAUUCGACAAUCGUGACAAGCGAUAACAAAACAUUUAAUACGGAGAGUACUACAUCAUCAACUACCACUACCACAACCACAACCACAACCACAGAAAACAAUAAUAUAAGCUCAUCCACAGAAAUUUUAGAGGGUUCAGUUACAACAGAAUCUGAAUCAUCUACAGAAUCUAAGUACGAAGAUGAGGAUGAUGGCACAAAUAGUAGGAAAAAGUCACGUCUUACUUUUAAACCUAAGAAACCGUCAAUUACUCCAGUCAUAACGCCAUUCUCAUCAAGAAAUAGGCCCACAUUUAUUCCAAAACGUGUACCUCUACCCAGUAGUGCUACCACGAUAACUCGUUUAGAUGCAACGCCUACCAUUACUGCCACACCAACAUUGAAAUCUGUUAGGCAGUCCGGUUUCCCAGGUAGCAGAAAGCAGUCCGCAUCGCCUGGAGCAUCUAGUGCCGGCAAACGUUUUCCUGGGCGUAGCAGUGUCAACAAUCCAUCGGCUAAUGCCCCAUCUGCGUCACGAGGUGGAUUUGGAAGAAGUUCCAUUUCACCUACAUCUCGACGAACUGGUUUUAGAACUAGUUCUCUGAGAAGUGGUAGCCUAGAUUACGCUAGUAGAUCAGCUGUUCCAAGAAUUAUUAGGCCUACAGCUUCGUUAAGGCUACCUGCUGCAAGAAACAGUAAACAACCAACUGCAUUAACCAUCCCACCCACUGAUCAAAACGAGGAGACUUUUGGAACUCAGUUUGAAGAAGCUGCUACGGAACCUUAUGAAGAAGUCACUGAACAACCGAUUAGAACGACCAAUAAUCCUUUGCUAAGGUUCAGAAGACCUCCAAUUUUAAGACAACCAGGAACAGCCAUCACUCCACGUACGACUACACCAUCUAAUAGACGAGGAAUAACAUCUAGAAGUCGAAUCACAACAACAACUAGAAGAUCAACAACUCGUAGUACACCUAAUCCUUUACUGGCAUUGAGGAGACAAAGGCCAAAUGCACUCUUUCCACGAAGAAAUCUUUUCAGACAGCCAGAACCAGAACCAGAAGAAGAAAUCAAAGAAGAUGAACAAAAAGUAGAAGAAGAUGAAGAAUUAUUAGAAGAAGAAGAAGAGUUUGAAGAAGAUAAUGAUUACGACUCAUCCGACAGAAAAGAGAGACAAGUCGCUACACCACCCACAUCAAAACCCAUAGUACAAAUCAGACCUUUCGCAUUUAGGCGUCGUACCAAGCGUCAAGUUAAUACUGCGAACCGUCGGUACACAAACUUUAGACGACCAGGACUAAAAGGUACAUCCACUAAGCGACCCGAACCAGAACCUGAAACGCAAGCUCCAUCUACACAAAAACCUAGACCAGGUUCACGAUUUAAUAAAGGAACAACGUCACGUAAUAAAGCAACAACGUCAUCCAGUGUAAAAGCUGCAUCUAGACAGCCUUUCAUUAUUCGUGGAGAAAGUAGAACUACAUCGACCGCUGCUACACCAUCAUAUAGAAGAGCAAAGACCCGGACUUCAUCUAGAACAACUACAUCGGCUUCUAGACCGAAACUACCAAGACUAUCUGCCAAGACCUCAACUUCUAGGUCAAGUCCGUCCAGGGCAACGACCAGGGCUCGUACCCGCACAACCACGAGUAGAGUAUCAAGCAGACAAAGAAGCUCAUUUGAAAAUUUGAGUGGCGAGAGAUUCAACAAUUUUAACAACAUUCUUAAUGACGGAAAGAUUACUAUUACUUAUCAAAUACCAACAGAGGUCACUAUUCCUUUUGUAAACGGCAAAAUAACGGAAUACAAGAAUGUUUUGUCAGCUACCCCUAGCAUUGAGACUUUAUUACUAAAUCAAGUUUCGACAUCUAUAGGGCCAUUAGGUCAGCAGCAAUUAGUACUUGCCGCGGAAUCUACCGAACUAGCAGAAAACGGCGCUACAAAACUAAUUAAAUAUCUACUUCACGAAACCCCGACAACUACAGUGAUUUUCACACCCACAACUAUAAGGGGCCGUAAGACUUCGUUCUCUCACAUUUUACCUAGCACAGUAUACAAUGUCGAAUCCGUAACUCAGACUGUGGCUCCAGAAAUUAAUACAAACGUUCCCUUGGCCAAUUUGCUUCUAUCACAACUUUUGCUUGGCAACCAACAACCUGCGAUCAACCCUCUCCUAGCAUUCCAAGGACAGGGAUUGUUACCGCAGCAACCUAUAGUACAAACUCCUGUAACGGAAUAUAAGACUAGAGCCACCACUUACGUCACCACAAUUACUGAUGCUAGAGAAACAGUUUUGCCAAUUACAUUCAGAGGCAAGGCAAUUUUGACUACAAUUGUAGAUCCCACGACAAACGUUAUAACCGCUACUGAAUUCGUUACGGAAACUGUGAUUACGACUCCCACUGCUUUGGGUCCAUCUCCGCAGUUGAAUUCGUUGCUUCUUCCCCUCUUACUUCAGCAACAGCAACAGCAACAGCAGAGCCUUUCGCUUCCUACAGUAAAUCCCUUAGCAGGAUUGGGCCAAUCAGAUCUUAAUCUAAACAAUUUAAAUGCCCUUCAAAACAAUUUUAAUAAUGACAUAUACAGUAACAGCCCCAAACCUAACAUCCUAUCAGAUCUGAAUAGCAACGAAAACUUCUCUGAUGAUUACGAAAUAGAUAGCGAUGAUGAUUCCCCUCCACCGCCGCCUCCUUCCCGGUCAAGAAGCAAGCAAAAAGCGCCUAAGCCCGCACCUCCACCCAAGCAAACCAGUGUUGUCACUUUAUACGUAUCUGGUAAGCAUCCAGGUGAAUUCAGUACAGUUCUAUCAACGGUCAUCAGUGAUGACACACAGACGGUUAGGAAACGCGAAGCCAUUUAUUAUGAGGACGCCGUAGUCUCUCCAUCCAUUUUACCAACAAUAGACGAGCUGUAUGGUUCACAGUUGGAUAGUAGCGCAACAAUCUUACUUUCAGACAGAGAUAGAUUCUUAGAUGACUCCUCAUUUGAGAACCAGAUUGAAACCCAAAGCCUGGAGAGUAUUGUAGGUGAAAUCAGUAAGCAUAUAAAAUAUAACGCGUCACCAACGUACGUCGUAGACUUAGGCAGUCCUUCUUCAAUCAGGCAUAUGAAAGAAGGAACUUCGGUCGAUGAUAUUUCGUCCUUUAAUACCAAUGCAAUUGUUUAUGAUAAUACCCCUUGGAUGCCAGGUAGAGACCUUAAUACCGAAGAAAGGUCUGCUACUGAUAUGGACGAGAGGAAAUUGAAGAAUGUCGCCACGAAAGUAAUGGCUAAUGGAGUGGAAUUACUAGUUAAAGACAAAAGUGUUGAUGGAAAACAUGAACAGACAAAAUAUAUGGAAGUGAAAACGAUUCAACCAACAGCGUCACUGAGCAAUAUGUUCGUGAAUAGUUUCCCAAAAGCUGACAAAAGGAUUGACAACGAGGGAAAUUUCGAUAUAAUCCAACCUUCAGAAGUCAGUCAUGUACCAUGCACGACUUCAUGCUCAUGCAGCCAUUCACAAACAGAAGGACUUAAUACUAAGCAUAUAAAUGUCGACAUGGCAUCAUCAAACUUUGGCUUGAAAACCUCACAAUAUGGCGGUACAAUUUUAGAUUUUAAGUCCACAAAGAAAGAAACUCUCGAUAAAAAAACUCAAUAUGAACCCUAUGAGUAUGAAAGCAGCUCACAAUUGACACCCACAGAUAGAAUAGUAGAGAAAUAUACUGAAAUAAUUGGCGAUUACUCGGAUGAAAAAGAUUCAAGUUCUGUAGAAGAAAGCGAAUUGCUAACAAACGAACAGGCUCCAGGACCUCCGAAAACAAAUAAAAUUUACAAGUCUCCAGAGAAAAACAAACCAGACCAAGUCCAGAAACCAAACAAAAAUAAAUUUGUUGUCGCUGAUUUGUUAAAAUUAGGAACUCUAGGCAUAAAAGGAUUAACACGGCUAGCCCCAGUGUUGGAAAAGAUGACAGGCGGUUUUAUUAAGCGACAUGACAACAUAGCAGACAAAACAACGACAACUACUCAACAACCAGCUAUGAAGCUGACUGCUUACAGUGCUAAUAAAAGAAUCGAUACAGACAUAGAUGUAAAAAAAGAUAAUUUUCCUAUAUACAUACCCGUUGAUGAACUAGAAACAUCUGAAUCACAGUUGGUUUUUACUAAUGCAACGUUACAUCAAAAUUUGGCAUGGGUAACCGAGCAUAAGUAUCCAAAAGCACCAAUCACCCCACCGAAAUUCAUUCAUGAAAGCCCUUUAGUUAAUGGCGGUAUACCUAUCAGUCCAGGUGAGAUCAUCACAGCGAAUUCCGAUCUGAUAGUUGGGACACCAGCUGUCGGAAGACCGUUAACAUUGGCUGCCAGUGGCAUAAAAUUACACAACCAAGUUAACCCACCACCAAUUGAUAGUUUCGUAUCGGCUAAUGAACAGUAUUUAGUCAAUGAAAAACCGAUGAGUGAUCAGCCAGAAGUAAAAGUAGACGAUUCAUUUGAUUUAAGACCGCCUGAUGUACCCAAGAACAAGCCUAGACCCCGGCCUCUGAAUGGACAAAGGCCAUAUGGCUCUUAUUCUGCCACAGAAAAUAAGAUGCCUUUUCGUAAACCCUCUCCAGGGCACACGGCUCACGAUCAAGUAAUAAAACCAGAAAAAAUAAAAACUAUAAAUACAGUGUUGGGUAAUCACGGUCGGCCUGUAUUCUUAGAUUAUAUUCCUUCGCUAGCCAAACCUGCAAAAAAACCUAAUGGAUAUAACACAAAUUUCAACCCGAGUACCGAAGACAUGAAAGGAAAAGAGAUAUUGGAUAACAGUCCAAGCUCAUCAGAAAUUGUGAACACACAAAUAAAGACAGAGUCUGAUUACACUAUCACUGGGAGUCCAGAUUCCAGUAAACCAUUUUUGGUUGACAUCCAACCUUCUAGGGUUGCUAAUGUUUUAAUUCCUCACGGGAGUUCAACUGCGUUAGUUUUUGCUGGUUCAUCUGAACCACACAAAACUGGUGAUUAUGUGGAUGAUCCAUUGCCUUAUCCAGAACCAGGAUACUUUGGAAGUUUCAGCAUAGAUGCUCCUCAAAUGACAAACGUUCAUAAUGUAGCACCUAACGGUAAUCAGAUAUUUAAUGGCCCAAACGUGAAUUUCCCAUUAGAACCCCAAAACCAGAACUCAGCUACCCAUAAUAAGCCAGUGAGGAAUGAUGUGAAAGUAAAAUGGAAUGAAAAUAAACGACCAGAUAUAAACAAUUUUCCACCUACGCCGAAUAACCAAGAAGGUCAUGUACGAGUCAGUCCACAAAUAUCUGCUUACAAACCAAACCUCUAUAGUGCAAAUACUGAUUUUGGCAAAUUAAAUCAAAUAAAAGGAAAAGAUGGCAAAGAAUUUAUCGACAAAGAAUAUGAAAAUUUUCUGGCAGUACCCCCACCGCCGCUAAACGUAUUUUAUAAUACAGAAAAUACUCAAGAAAAUCAAAAUAAGCCGUACAACCAAAGACCAAUUGUUCAUACAAAACCGGUGCAGGAUAUGAAAGUGUUUCUAAAUGCUCAACAUCCUCAACAUUCGCUUCCUAAAGAACAGUUACCCCCUAAGGUGACGUCGGAAAUCUACUUUGCGUCUCAAGCACCAAAUAAUAAGCCAACUCCAUCUUACACUAUUCAUAUACCACCUGUAGCACCUUCCUUCGUAAAUACGUACAAUAAAUUAGCUAAUGUAAACAGGCCGGCACAUAGACCAUCGGUCUCAAGUGACCCAGCACAUUCUUUUCCAAUUUCGUCCUCAUUGAAUAUGGUCAACAAAUCCAUUGCUGGUCAUAGUGAUAGUAAAGAUGAUACUAGUUAUACUGUAACUUUGAAUACAGCUACAAAUGUUGCGGGCAAUGUUGGCGAUAGGCAAAUUAUUGGUUCCAGUGCCCCCGUUUCAAUAGGUACAUCCUCCAGCGUUGGCUUAAAUACUGACAUUCCUAUUGGAACUAAUUUCGCUAUCCGAGUGGAAGAUAAUUCAGGUCUAUAUGAGACGCACAAUGUACAAGGACAGAAAAAUCCAUUUAUCUAUGAUGAACAUGGUCGUGCUCCUAGCGUUAUAGUUGGUGACAGUAAAUGGAUUAAGAGUGAAUCAGACAAGAUUGAUGGCACUAUUGUAGGUCAUAAGUAUUUCAACGAAAACGUUGAGAAACCUGCCCUUGAUCAGGCACCUGCUGGGAAUUAUAAAAUUAAUAAUCGAACGCCUGUAGGAGAUUUCGUUGGAGAUAAUAGAUGGAACAAGAGUUCCACAGGAAAAACGGAGUCGAGCAUUUUAAGUCAUUCGCACUACAACAACAAUGCCGAAAGACCUAUAGUGACAGAAAUUGUACGCCCCACACUGCCACCGUCUCUUAACAGUCAUGCUAAUUUCCCCAUGAUCAAUGAAGAAACCGGACCGGCUGCAAAUAAUGUAAAGCCGGUUCACGAAAUAAAUCGUGACGUUAUAGCAGCUGAUCAGAAGAGACCACCAAAACUAAUUCCUAACAUUCCAACAAACUCUCACGGGUGGUAUUCUAGUAUUUUAAACGAUAACGUCAUUCACAAUAUUAAAAUCGAUAUCACAACACAGAAAUCAAUUCCUCUUAUACACGAUCAUAAUGAAAAUGGUCCUGAUUAUGGAGAAAAACUUCCGGGUGUUGGAAAGCCUCCUCCGCAUUGGCAACAUUCUGGACAUGUUCAUAGCAACAUGAACCUUGGCAAACCAUUUACUAAAGCUACAUUUAAUGAUCAACACCGCCCCACAACCCCACCGUUAACAACCAAACCAAAUAAAAUUAAUUACAUACCAGCUAAUUUCGGGGCUAUAAAUCAACAAGCUUAUGACAUUCCUAUUAGGGAUAACAGUCAUGAAACUACUACUAGUCACAUAUCAACAACAACAUUAACGGAAAGGGAGAAACCGAUUUAUGAAAACUCUGAAGAGAUUUAUGAUGGAGAAGAUGAAUCUGACAGUACGUACGAUACCGACGGUGAAGUCAGUUUAGAAUCAAUGAAAGUUCCUGUUAUUAGUGCUUCGAAUGAAUUGAAAGUUUCAACAUCAUCAACAGAGAUAACUUUGCUUCAAGAUGAAGUUUUUAAUCCACCCAAGCAGGAAUCUUCAAACAAAAAUAAACAAGUGGAUUUCAAUCACGGGACCCAAACUGAGAAACCAUUCAUAGCGAACAAUAGAACUGGCUUCAAAAGUAACGCAAUAAAACCUAUUUACGAAAAUAAGUACCAAAGUAUGAAACCGAGGCCAUUUACCAUGAAUAAUGGUGCGAUAAUUGACCACCAAUUACAACAACCACAUUGGCAGAUAAACCAUAUGAUGGAAAAUUCAACUAACGCGUCUUACGAAAGUAAUUUAGACUUGAAUAUUGGUGAAGAAAUACCGUCCAGCCCAAAACCAGUUCCAAAUGUGAACACUCAAUACUAUUAUGGUCAAUCACAUUCGAAAGAUAAACAGCAUUCGAGACCAGAAUUUUCCAAAAGCAAUUAUACUCAGGUAUUUAAUGAUACCAAUAUUAUUACUUCAACAGUCCAUAUUAAGGACAAAAAACCUUUGAUUGUUGAAAAGGCAACAGAAAAGUCAACAUUACAUAAAUUAACAAUCACAACUGAAUCAAGUUCAAAUAAAACGUCAACCGAAAUAAUAGAUCUUUCACCACCUCCCCCUACAAUGGAUUACAAUUUCAAACCAUCUACAAAUGAUGAAAUGAUUAUGGGUAUGAGUCCACCACCGAGAAUGCCCCCUGCUGUUCGUUUACCUCCCAGAAUGCCUAUCACACCAAGGCCUAUUCCAGUUAGAACACCUCCUUCUUAUAGACUAAAACCUCAAAAAACAACAAGACCUUCAACGCAAAGACCUGUAAGAAAGCCUAUUAAUCGAGAUGAAGUAUCAACAUACCGACCACAUUUAAGAGAAGAAGUAUCUACCUUCAGGCCUCAUAAUCGAGAUGACAUUUCAACCUAUAGACCGAUUUACGAUAUAUUGAACAACGUACGUCGUCCCAUUUAUAAUAACAAUCAACCAUCCUCCCAACUAUUACCACCCCCAAGAGAUAUAUCGAGUGAAAUAAGUUCUGCUUCAAUACCUAAUAUAGUGUUCCCAACCCCUACAUCUUCAGGCUGGUUGACAUCAUCCGGUGUCGAAUUCUCUUCUAGUUUUGACUUUGGCCCAACAUCUGUACAAUUCCCAGCAAUCGACCAAUCUUCAAUUACGGCUCAACUACCCGAGGAACCCUCUUCUGAUAAUUCCUAUUCUUAUGAAGUAGAUUAUUCUUCUGAACGAAGUGAAGAGUUAAGUUCGCAAAAACCAGAAACUACUGAGAAAUACGAACAAUCAAAUGAGGCUUCUAAUUCUGAACCCACAACAACAGUGACAACUGAAAAAAAUAAAACGAAUGAAGAACAUGAUUCAGUUGCUAGUGAAUCAGUUGAAGAUACAACCACGGAGAACAAGACAAUUCAAUUAGACAAUAAGAAUCGAGUCCGUAAACCAUAUCCAGUUCGGCUGGAUGAUAGAAAAUCUAGUACUUACAAAUUUAAACUUCCUAAGCCGACUGCUAUAAAACCAACAAGAACAUUAUCUCGAUCUGAUAUUUUAUACCCGACGAGACACACAUCUAUAAAGAAGAUUAUAAGACCAAUACCUACACGGUAUCCAGCCGUAUCGCCGCCCAAUAUAAUUGAAAGUUCUGAAAGCUCUGCCAACGAAGAGUUCAUUAAGCCGACCGAGGUACUUAAAGAAAGUACUCCAACACCCAUUCUGGAAAUUCCGAAUGUUAUAGAUCACCAAUCAAAUAUAAUAACCUCGAGCAUGGAAAAUAUCAGUCCUAACCUACAACCAACACAUCACGCCGGCAAUGAAAUCAGAAUAUCAGACGACAUAGUUCCGACAAAGACCGAAUUCAGGACCACGGUUGUUACACUUACGAAAACAUUAUCGGAACCACCGAAAACUGUAUCCAGUAUCGAUUACGUGAACCUAACACAUACAUUGACGGUCACUCUGACAGAAACAAGUUUGUUGAGUCAAUCGGAAGGGGCUGUAACUGAAACCCUAGUACUGACAAACACACACACGUCCACAAUAGUCGACGUGGUUACAAAAGUACAGACACAAGUUCAACCGACUACCAUAAUCGAAACAGUGACCAAACAUAUUCCCAUUCAAGUUGAACCAACGCCAGUGCAAGAGACUUCGGCUAAAACGAAAAUAGCCUUAGAUGACGUCACUAUUUCUUCGGAAGAAAACGAUAAUUUCAUUAUUAGAGACAGCGACGUAACAGAAAACAUACAGAAGAUUGAUACCGACGGAGCAAACGACAGUGAUACAUUCUUUGUUGUUAUGAACAAGUCUCAGAACGGCGGUCACUCACCUCCAGUCAGCACUAGCGUUGAAACUGAAUUUGAUGACCUAACCAGAAACGAACAAGUCAAUAGCAACGGUGUAUCUCAAGUUCUAUUUGGUGAGAUCCUACUGGCUGGGGCACCUUACUUGGAGACAACAAACGUCGGUAAUGCAAAUGGACCAGGUUUUGGAAAAGAAUGUCAGCCUGAUUGUAAAGCUUCGAGAAACGAAAGAUGCCAGAGAAUUGAUGGACUCAUGAAAUGUGUGUGCAGACCAGGUUUUGCUAGAAUGUUCCCCGAUAGACCAUGCAAACCUACCUAUACAUACUCUGUGAAAUUAGCACUGGCUUCUCAAGGGGAAAGCCGCUUGCAAUUCCAAGAAAGCCUCUCUGAUAACUCCAGUAAAGAAUACCAAGCUCUAGCCGUGGCCACUCAUGAAGGCAUCAACAGGAUGGUGAUGCAAUCAGAUCUUAGGGACGUUUACCAUGGUAUCCAUAUUGCCGGCUUCCAUCCAGUUGAAAUUCAGAACGAUACUGGAACUGGGUAUCAGGGAGUAAUGAACGAUUUCUAUGUACAGCUUUCUGACAAUGCUCACGAGAACCGAUUGAAGGAAGUUUUAGAGAAAUAUCUGCGAAAUAAUAACUACAGUCUCGGAGGGACUGAUGUGCACGCUGCUAGCGAAUUGUUGGACAAAAUGGACGUUAGUGAUUUCGACGAGUGUACAAGCGGCCAGUUCCAUGACUGCUCAGAGCACGCGCAGUGCUUCAACCUACGAGGGACCUACACUUGUAGCUGCCUAGAAGGGUUCGCAGAUCUCAGCGUGAACAAUCUGUAUCCCGGCCGAAUUUGUUCUGCGGAGCCGGUGGGAUGCGCGCGUUGCAACUAUCACGGCACGUGCUACUCCAGAGACGACAAACGCGUGCUCUGCGAAUGCUUCCAGUGGUACUCCGGCAGUACUUGUCAGAUCAACUUGAAAGUGGUCCUUAUAUCGUUGGUGGUCGCCGGAGCUCUCCUGACGGUGGUACUGGCCGCAUGCGCGGUAAUAGCUUGUCGCCGCAGCAAGCCACCGCAGCGGUCCAUCGUCACAUGCAUUCAGGGCAUGCCUACUCUACAUCAGGGAGCAAUGCCGAAGCAGCGGAACGACCGGCGAGCUCUUAUCAGUGAGCAAGGCGAGCCUCGUGAUAACACCAGUAUCCAGAACGCCUCCCUGCCUUACAUGCCCGCCAAGCGACCCUCGUCUUCGAAGAAGCUGGUGAUCUCGGAUCCCCCGAGUCACGAUCCGCCCCCUCCCCCCGCACCAGCCGUGCUGAUACCUCGAGCCAGGUUCCAUCCUCAUCACGGAGACAGUCGGGAGAAUCUAGCCAGAAAGAGGAGUUUGGAGUUGAGCAGCGAGGCUAAGCUGAUCAGCUACUUGGAGUCCGGGGCCGCCACUACUCACGACGAGAUGCGAAGGAAGCACAGCUUGGAGUCUUCGUAUAGCGCCAACAGGGAUAGACCAAACAAAAAGGGAGCUUUAGUAUCGGCCGGCUUUAAAGUAUCCACCACGAUCCGACCUGAUGAGAAUAUGAAGGAUGACAGAGACGAUAUGUCUUCGGUGAACAAAGCAGAGUUGGAAGCGGAUUUAGCAAGAUUCGACUCUUUAAGGAAGGCCUACAGCCAAGACGACAUGUCCGAAUGGACGGACGCUGAAAGAAGACUCGGAGAACUGACAUUAUCGGAAGCUCGUUCAGUGGGCGGGACCUUGCCGGCCAGUACUGGAAGAGCUGCUUCUUCAACAAGACUGACCCAUCAGGAAGCUAACACGAUGGCCGAGAGAGACCUUGGAUCCACAUUCCUUCUGCCGCAUGUACACCUAUACAAACCAGAUCUUACAAGCGACGUAUCGGAGUUCGAUUCCUUGUAAAGAGUGGAAUCAAGAAAACCUGCUAGUAUUAUUUAAAAAUUAUAUUCAGUACGGUCUAAACCACCAAAGUAAAGACUUUAUUUAUUCAAUUAAUUUAUUCAAUUCUAUUUAAUUUAUUUUUAAUUUUAAGUUCAAUUUUAGAAAAAAAACACGUACUGUAUAAGCGGUGGACUGAAUUUGAUGUCGCCGUACCUACAUCUGGCUCACUCUCAAUAUAAAAAAAAUAUUUUACUGAAAUCAUAUCCGAAUAAAGUCAUGAUUUCAAAGCUCGGUAUUCAUAAUUGAAGUACGUAUUAUAUUUGAGCUGGGAAAUUAAUUCAAAAUAUCUUGAGAUACGUUCUCGAAGUUUCUAGCAAGUCAGAAAGACACCAAUUCAAAUGUCUAAAAGUAUUAUUGUUCUAAAGCAGAAAUAUAUGCAGCCUAUGUGAAUUGUCAUCAGGCCCUUUCUGUCAAAUGACGAAAAAUAACGAACCGUUUUCCGUUUAAGUUAUAAAAAAUAUAUUUUUCUAAGUUUAGUUUGUUGAAAGAAAAUUGAUGUUGUUAGUGAGUUACGCUCAUCUUUUAUAAAUUUUAUUUAAAUUGAGUCUUUUGUUGUAAUAUUUCUAUGUGCAAUUACACAAGCCACAAAAUCUAACUACGUAGAAUAUUGCAACAAAAAAAAAAUUAUAGGCCAUUGUCUUUUUCAUGGUGUUUCCAGUUCUACAUUUUAUAAAUCUUGAAUCAAUUUUGGAAGAAAUCGACUUUAAAUAUUAUAUAUUUUUUAUUACGAUCGCCGGAUACGGGCAAAAAUAAUACGAAAAAAAAAACUUUAAAUGAGUCGACUAUUAUCAAAGCCGGCAAUAUGACUUUUGGACAAUUAUUUGUAAAUCAGAAAAACGAAUUAUUGACUUUGUAUUCCAUUGGCAGUCACAAAACUCUUCUGAACGACAUCUUAGAUAGGUUUCGAACCGUAUUCUUUGAAGGAGACGAUUAUAUUCAAAUCAAUCUGUAUUGACAUAUCAAUAACAUUUUUUUGUCAAAAUGCACAGAUUGCCACCUUUGAUAAUAGACGACUCAAAUAUCGCAUCGCAUAUUUCAACGUUCUCAAUGUAGAUUUUGGCAAGAAUCGAUUCACGAAAUGCCAUAGUAACUUUAAGAAAAACAUAAUUUUUUUUUUGUAAUUUGUUUAUGAAAAUGAUUUGAAUAAGAAAUCUUUAUUAUAAGUCCGAAAUCGAUAUGGAAAAGGUUUACCGGUUAACCGGAUUUCUUGUUUGAACAAUUUUCAUUGUUUUGAUUUUUGUAGUUUAAUUUUUUUAUUGUUCUAAAUUAAAAGCUCUUGUUUUUGUUUGUACGUCAAAAUUUUAACUUGCGACUUUAAGUGUAUUUAAUGGGAUUCCAAAAAAAUGGUCUACCAGACGAAAGAUGAUGCAGUUUUUUCUCUGUCUUUUCCUCUAUCUGCUGGUCCUAAGUCUACGGCAACAUAAAGAAAUCCCUGUUAAUAUUAAAAAUAUAGCUGUAAUGAUACAUUUUGACACAGUACACUAAUUUUCUAUUAACGGUCAAGGAACAUUUAUUAACAGAUGAACGUGGAAGAAAUUCGUGUUUUUUUAAUCUGUUAGCUUUUAUUACCGAAUUCAUCUAUACAAACAAAUAAAAUUGGAGUGUCUGUUUGUAAUAAUAAAAUUACCACUUUUUACUAAAUGCGUAAGUAUGUAUACCACAUUACAUAUACCAUAUUUUUUUGUCUGCCUGUUUGUUCCGGCUAAUAUCUGGAACGGCUGGACCGAUUUUGACGAGACUUUCACUGGUAGGUAGCUGAUGAUAUAAGGAGUAACUUAAGACUACUCUGCUUCUGAUUCGUUAUAGUUCUAAUAGAAUAAUAAAUAGUUGCAAGUUAAAAUUUUGCGGAAACGUGAUUUGGAUGAUCUAGUAAAAAUGUUAAUAUACGUACAAAAUCGGUACAAAAAAAUAAUGAUUUACAUACGUAUGUAGAUAAAAUAACAAAAAAAAAAUGAUUUACAUAUGUAUAUCAUUACAUAUGUACACAAUGAUAUACAUUGUAUAUUUGUUUUAGUUAAUAAGUAUUGCUUUUUGUGAAUAAAUUUUAUAUUAAAGAUUA